AUGCUUCCAGGAUUGGCCGAGGCUGAGAAGCUGCUGGAGACCUUGCAGCGCGUUUGUCACAAUCUGGACACUGCCAGGGGCAUCGAUGCACUUUGUGCCGCCUUGCGGGAAGGUCACGAGGCCCGGCUGCCAGCCAAUUUGCUGCAGCGUGCAGUGCAGCGUCUGGGCACUCGCGAGGCUGCGCAGCAGGGGCUUGAAAGGGCCAUUGAGGCAGCGCGGGUGCCAGCAUUGACGGCUGCCCUGGAAACAGCAGCGGAGAUGUACCUACCUUCGGAAGAGCCUGCCAGGACUUUGUUGACGGCCAUCAGCCACUCAGAGAAGCUCUUGCAGGCGGCUCUGUUGUCCGAAAGCAUCGACGAUUUGCAGCAAGCCCUGGACUCCGCAGCCAGCAGCGGUCUUCGCGAGGAUGAGUUGAUUCUUAGAGCGCAGAAGCUCUUGACACGACAGCGGGAGAUCCGCGAUGAUGCCCAGAAGCAAUUGAAGGAGGCUAUUGAGGCACGCCUGCCUUCCUUGUUAGAGGAGGCCUUGGAAGUUUCUGCCAGGUCGCAAGUGGAUGAAGCCAACAUCCAAGAGGGUGCAGAUUUGCUGGCUCAGAUCGAGUUCCUGUUGUCCAGGGUCGAGGUAGCAGUGGGCUCUGAAGAACGGGCCGCCACGUUGCAUGCAGCGCAGGUGAAGGUACCAAAGGAACUCCUGAGUGUGGCAGAGACGCAGCUCAAUUGCCUGAAUCAUUUGCACUCGGUGCUUCGCGCCGGGGACGUCCCCGCAACGAGACGCGCCUUGAAGUUGGCCGAGGUUGCUGGCAUCAAACCCGAGGAGAUCGUGGAAGCUCGUGCCGUUGAACGGCGCUGGGGCCAGCUGACCCGGGAGCUGGAGAUUGCGGUUUCGAUGGGCAACACUCAACGGUUGCGGAAAGCUUUGGAAAACACCGAGAACAGUGGAAUCUCGCAGGAGCAAUUGCGACCUGCGGAACUCUCGUUAAGUGCCUCGCGGCGGUCAGAUGCGGCACACGAGGAGCUCGAAGAGGCGAUUGAAACCUGUGAUGCCGAGAACAUUCACAAGUCCUUGGUGGAAGCCUGCAACAACAAUGUCUCAGACAGCGAGCUGAUCUUCCACGCGCGAGAGAUGUUGGACCAUUUGCUUUCCCUUCGGCAGCAGUUGCUGAAGGCUGUUGAGUCGAUGGACCUACAGCGAUUGCAUGUGGCAGUGGAAGAAUCAGCACAGGGACAUGACGGCCUGCCAGAGAAGGAUUUGGCGAGUGCUCUCCGCAUUUUGGACGAGUUGAAGGCCGGAGAACUGGCACGCCUGGAACGACAUCUCAAACAGGCGGCCGAGGCGGAAGACUUCCGCGCCUUGGACUAUUUGCUCCGCCGAGCGGAACAGAACACACACCUUUGUGGCCUCCAGGUGAAGGAGCUGGACCUCGAGCAGUUCCAGCAGCUCGCUCAGAAGCAUCAGGCGCCGACAGAACAUCGAGAAAGUGACGCGGGAGGAUUUGCAUAA